AUGGCUUUAACGCUCGAAGGGAAGUUCAUCGUAUCAAGCUUGUUAGUCCUGGGGCUGUGGGCUUCGCAUACCAUGGCCCGAACCCUAUAUGAAGCAGCCAUGUUUGAUAGACACGAGCAGUGGAUGUUCAAGCACGGACGGGUUUACAAAGACAAUGCUGAGAGAGAGAAGCGCUUUAAGAUAUUCAAGAGCAAUGUCGAGUUCAUUGAAUCGUUCAACAGUGCCGGGAACAGGUCGUACACACUAGGCGUCAACCGGUUUGCAGAUUUAACCAACGAAGAAUUUCAGGCUGGUUGGAAUGGAUACAACAUCUCCUCCCGGAAGAAGUCAUCCAAGGCAAUGCCAUUCAAGUAUGCAAACUUUGAUGUCAGUGCUGCGCCAGCCAGCUUGGAUUGGAGGGCGAUGGGAGCCGUCACUGGCGUCAAGGAUCAAGGCACAUGUGGAAGUUGCUGGGCAUUUUCAGCAGUGGCAGCCACAGAAGGCAUCCACCGGCUCAGGACCGGGGUGCUAGUCUCACUGUCGGAGCAAGAACUCAUGGACUGUGACACCUCCGGCAGAGACCACGGCUGCCAUGGCGGGUACAUGCAACAUGCCUUCCAGUUUAUAGUACGUAACGGAGGCAUUGCUGCAGAAUUGAGUUACCCCUACGUAGGAACCGAUGUUAACAGAGCAUGCAACACCCAAAAUGCGGCUGUCCAGGCAGCCAAGAUUGUCGGCUUCGGGCAAGUGCCUAGCAACGAGCGGGCACUCUUAGCGGCUGUGGCUCACCAGCCAGUUUCAGUCGCGAUUGAUUCCAAGGCACCCGCCUUCCAGUUCUACGCUGGUGGGAUUAUAACAGGAGACUGCGGGAUUGCACUGACCCAUGCGGUCACAGUGGUUGGAUAUGGGACGGCAUGCGAUGGCACCAAGUACUGGAUGGUGAAGAAUUCAUACGGAAGAGACUGGGGUGAGGGGGGGUACCUUAGAAUCCAGAGAGACUCUGGUACUCGGUAUGGACUCUGUGGCAUCGCCAGGGAUGCAUCCUAUCCUAUUGCGUAG